GAAGGGGAGCUGCAGCAGGAGGGGGCGGGGCAACGUGCCGUCAUUGAGCGGCGACACAAAACUAGUAGGCUGGGCUGAGGACCCCUCCCCUUGGAAUGCGGGUUCGAAUCCCGUCGCCCGCAAUUUUCGCGCUGAGAAUGCCUGAAGCUUGGAGGCACUUCCUUUAACUUCAACUUGGUAUACCCUCACCCAAAGCAGCUAUGAAUGCUGCAGAAUACAUCUUGUUGGAGAGGAAGAAGCGCUUGUGGCCAGCGAAGGUUUUGUCUAGGGUCUGUACUUCCCAACCACAGCAGGCUCAUAAAGGUGCGGCGACCUACUACUUGGUUGAAAUCCUCGGUCUGAAAGAACAAGCCAAUGUGUGCUGUAAAGAUGUUGAGCUCUUGACAGAGGAGAGCAUCGAAUGCAUCGCUGCCAAGUUAGGUCAGAGCACAAAAGGCCACGAUAACGUGGAAGAGAUAAUUUAUCGGCGAGCUCUUCGGGAAGCUCUGGAUGUUUUGCGAGAAGCCACGCCCUCCAAAGAAGGAAGCCCUUCAAAGGCUACAAGAAGUAAAGCAUCCACUUGGAAGGAAACCAAAGAACGUGCGGAUGGCCGCUGGCCACCUUCCUCUCGAAAUGACACGCCGAAGCGGGAAGGAGAGACUGGCGAGGCAUCCGCGGCACCAUCCUCCGUGGGUACCCGAAAUAAAUGCAGUCGUCAUUCCAGGGGGGAAGCCAAGGGACCUUCCGGUGCCAAAUCACACGGGUCAAAAUCAAGAGUCCUUUUGAGAAACGGGGAGUUGAACGGCCGGCCCCAGCGUGCAUCCAAGGCAAAAUCGCCAGAGACGCCUGAGAAAGACGCCACGCUGAAACCGCCGCCCAGCCCCAGCCCGAGCAGAAGAUCGCCACGCUUCUCCAGUGGGCGAGAGAGGCGCCCUCCAGACGGGGCCGGCAGGGAAAGGCGUUCCCCCUCGUCUCCUUCGAAAUGCUUUGCUAGAACCAGCACACCAGCCCGCUCCUCGCACAACUGUGCCAAGUCAACUCCAGGCAGAAAACCGGGUGGUAAACGGGGCCUUAGAGGGAUCCGGCUGGGGUCGCCUGUGAAAUGUCCUUCGGCUGAAGCAGAGAAGGGUCUCUCUGAGAAAGAAGAGUUUCCACCGAGGAAGUACAGCAAAGACUUGGCUGGCGAGAGGCAUCCCCAUGACUCAAGAGGUACCGGUCAGACACAGAUCCCCGCGGUGUCCUCUCUUUCCCGGGAGAGAAGACGUGCGAGUCGUCACGAGGGCUCAUCCGGCAGCCCGGAUCCUGUUGGACCCGUUUUGGAUGGCAUCCGAGAGGAAAGCCUGCAUCCGUGGACAGAUGAAGCAAAAAACUUCCAGCUGUGUGAUCUGGAAGGAAAAGGCCUCGGGUCUCUCUCUGAGCCGGCAUUGAGACCUAUCGGAGAGUUAGGUCUCAGCUCAGUUUUCGGGGAUGAAGAAGAAGCUGAGGAUGAAGAAGAACUCCCCAGUAUCCUCCUGCAUCAAGAGCCACGCGCAAUGGAAGCGGGGAUGCUGGUUUGGUGCAAGUUUCAAAGAUACCCGUAUUGGCCUGCUGUGGUGAAGAGCGUGAAGCGGAAAGCUAAGAAGGCCAGUGUGCAGUUCAUAGAGAAGCAUAUGAAUGACAAGAAGUCCAAAGG